AUGCAGCUCAAGACUCUCGUCGCCGUCCUCUUCGCCUCCGUGGCUGCCGCCGCCCCGGCCAUCGACGCCGAGAACUUCACCGUCCCCAGCGGCAUUGCCAGUGAGCUCCGUGACUCCCUCCCCAGCUCCGUCCUGAAGGAGAUCGCCACCGACCCCGCUGCUGCCACCCGCAUUGCCAGCGAGUACCUGGCCAACCCGGCCUCCAUCUCCAGCCUGCCCUCUGACGUCCAGAGCUGGGGCAGCUCCGCCCUCGGCGCCGCCGAGUCCACCGUGAAGCCCCUGGUCACCCCCGCCCCCAGCGCUGCCUCCGGCAAGGGCGCCUCGGGCACCCAGGCCGCCUCGCCCUCGGGCUCCAAGGGCGCCGGCUCUGACUCGGGCUCUGACUCGGGCUCCGGCUCCGGCGGUUCGGGCUCUGGCAAGGGUGGCUCGGGCUCCGGCUCCAACGACAACGCCUCUUCCGCCUCUUCCACUGGUGGCGCCCCUGCCGCCACUGGCCCCCUGGCCAUGGGUGUUGCCGGUGCCGCCGGUCUCCUGGGUGUUGCUUUCGCCCUGUAA